CAGCUCGCAUUUCCCGUCUAUUUAUAACAGGCACUAAACUUGUAUUGGGACAACAGUAUCUUUUGAAGGACAUUUGGACGUGUCUGUAAAACACGUCAUGAAAUAGUCGAAAACAAAUGACAUUUUGCACAACAGCAAAUUGACUAUAUUUUGCGUAAUAACUUGAGUUCACAUGAAAAAAUUCAAGCUUUGGGUGUCAUGUCCAGUGAUACAUUUGCCUUCAGCUCAGCCGCCUUGCAUUCUCUGAAAGUGGAUCAGGAGCUCCAGGAGUGGGAGGAUAAGCGGCAGGCAUUGGCUCACAGGAGGGCCAUGAGUCGGCCACCUGUGUCCCGGGCCUCCAGACCCCCUCCCAGACAGCAGCGGGGCCUCCAGGAGAUCCGGGUCUUUGAGGCCCGAUGCAGAGACACCACAAUCCACAACACCUUCAUGUGUGGGGACAUGAAGGGAGUACACACUGUGUUGAAGGACCCCUGCAUGAUCAACGCACUGAUGGAAACAGUACAUGAGGAGAUGGUGUGGGCUCCAGAGCUGGGGAUGUGGACCCUGAGCUCCAAGAUCAAGCAGACAUCUGCAUUGCGUCUGGCAGCCAGCAGGGGACACUCAGGCUGUGUGGAGGAGUUGCUGUUUCGAGGGGCGGAGGUGGAUGCCGACCCUGGUGGCAGCACAGCCUUACAUGAUGCCUGUAUAGGUGGCCAUGACAACUGUGUCCAGCUGCUGCUAGCCCACGGAGCAGACCCUGACCUGCUGGCAGAGGACGGCAGCGCACCCCUUCACCUCUGCAGCACCACCCAGACAUUCCAGUGUGCUGAGCUGCUGGUGACGGGUGGGGCAGACGUCAACGUGUUGACCAGUGAAACAAAGCUAACGCCCCUCCAUGUGGCGGCUCGUCGAGGUCUGGAGGAGCAUGUGAAGCUCUUUCUGUCCAAAGGAGCUGAUGUGUCAGCCAGGAACCGUGAGGGGGAAACCCCCCUGAACGCAGCCUGUGGUGGGGCUGAGAGGCCUGUGGAGGCGGGGCGGUACCUCCGCGUGGUCCAAAUGCUGCUGGGAGCUGGGGCUGACCCCUGCACUGCAGGCAGGAAGCACCACACACCUCUGCACAACGCCUGUAGUAACUGCAGCCCACGCAUCGCAGAAAUUUUACUACAGCAUGGAGCCAAAGCAGACGUGCAGAACUGUGCAGGAUACACACCCAUGGACUGUCUCGUUACAGGUGGGGAUAUGGGGGUCAAAGUGUAA